AUGAUUGGUUUGGUAAUUGGGCCGACUCUUUCUGGUAUGGUUUCUGAUAAGAUUGGUCGAUCAUUGUGCAUCAUCCUUUUUUCAUUCAUCACGUUCGGCUUUGCUCUUACCUGCGGUUGUUUGGGCACAUAUCACUGGGGUGUCUUCGCAGUCUUUCGAACUUUAUCAGUUAUUGGCUCGGCUGGAGUUGGUGUCACAUAUUUCGUUUUGGUCAUGGAAACGGUCGGCCCAAAGUUCCGACCGAUAUUGGGACUGCUCUUUAUUUCUACAACGAUUGGACUCGGAACGAUUAUGCUUACUUUCGUGAUGAUGUAUUUGAAGAACUGGGAAUAUGCGCAGUUUUUCAUGGCUUUUUCGGCGAUUGUCGUUGGUUUUGCGACAAGAGUAUGCAGCGAGACUCCGAGAUGGUUAUACUCAGUGAAGAAAAAUGAGCAAGCGCGAGAAGCUAUUCAAAGAAUGGCAAGAUGGGAUGGAUACAGAAUCUCGACAGAUCAAUUUGAGACUUUUGAAAAAAAUAUGGCAAGUUCAUCAUCUUCUCUUCUCUUGGCCGCGAAAGAAAUGGAACAGAACAAGAAGUCGAUCAAAGAUCUCAUAGCCAGUCCCUUGAUUCGAAAAAUUACCAUCAUCCUGAUGCUGAACCAGUUUGUCCGAGGAAUCAUCAACUACGGAUUCUUAUUCAACAUCGGAAGCCUCAAAGGAAACAUCUUCACCAACAACAUUUUUAAUAAUUUUAUGGGAAUCCCUGCUUUCAUCAUCUGUGCUUGUCUCAUAAACACGAGACUCGGCAGAAUAGGAAAUUUCAUUUGGACUCUUUACGUAGCCGGGCUCUCUUCAUUUCUUAUCUUCUUUGGGCACCUAUUCGAGUUACCUCUCUUGGUCAAUAUUUCUUCAUAUGUUGGCAUGUUCGCAUCUACCGCUGCAACAUCAGUAGGCUACGUCUACACCGCCGAAGUCUACUCUACAGACGUCAGAAACGUCGGAGUUGGAUGCUGCUCGAGUAUGGCCAUGUUUGGUGCUCUUGUGUCCCCGUCCCUUGCUAUUGUUGAAGAUUAUGUCUGGUGGUUUCCUCCUCUUUUUAAUGGGCUUAUUGCUGUUAUUGCCGGUUCCCUGUCGUUCUUGCUCCCUGAGACUAUUGGCAAACCGAUGACCACGACGACUGAAGAAUUCAUAGCGCUCUACGGAAAGCAAUCGCCACCAUCAAUAGUCGAAAAAGACAAAAAGAAGGAUGAUCAUCCAGUUCAAAACGGAAGCACCCCACAUGAAGCGUUGGAGAAUCCGAGCUUCAAAGAUUCCGAACUUUAG